GAGCUUUUGCGUCAUGUCUCAUCUCUAAGAGCCACCGGUGUUGAAAUAAUCAUUGAAAUUGUGGAUAGAAUUGCAUGCUUUGGAGAGAGUGGUUCCUCAUCAUCCUCUGUAAGUACUGCAAUGGAAAUGGAUUCAGAUGUGAAGAACAUAAAUGGCGUCAGUCAUGAGCAGUUUGUUCAACUCUGCAUCUUUCAUCUGAUAAUUCUGCUCCACAGAACAAUGGAGAAUGCUGAGACUUCUCGUCUCUUUGUGGAGAAGUCUGGCAUUGAGGCGUUA